CCGUCCUCUUCCACGUAUAACACGUCCUCCUAUGCUACAGUCUCGACUUCAGAAAUCUACAGAAGCGUCAGCGGCUUGGUGCUCUUGGAUCAACCGCGGCGGAGGACAGCAACGUCGCUGCUAGCUAGCGGCUAGCCGAAGCUAGCUAAGAGUAACAACAACUCUGAGGGGGGGUGGUGUCUGUGCCGGUGGAGAUAUAAAAACCAGCGAGAGAGACGGACAAGGAUCCCACACUAGCAGGACGAGCAACAAACAUCCCGUUCUCAUCAGGAUGGGGUCUGCAAUUUCACGAUGGAGGGCUAAACCCUCCACUGUAGAAACGUUGGAACGACUUGAAAAGGAAAUCCAGACUCUUGAGGACUACGGUGAAAAGUCUCAAAGACAGCUAAAGAGAUGGGUCGGCACAAUGCUGCUGUACUCGGCUUUGAUAUACUUGAUCACACUCAUCGUUGUGUAUCUCUGGUACCUGCCGGAACAGUUAAUGGGCCGACUCGUACUGAUUCUACUCUUUUUGUUGUUUCCAUUUUUAGUGUGGUUACUUCGAAAGGUGCUUGUGAUCAUCUUUUCACGAAGAACUGAAAAGAAUAAUGAAAAACUGGAAGAACUUAAAGAGACUAAAAGGAAAAUACUUGAGGAAGUUAUGGAAACUGAGACGUAUAAAAAUGCCAAAAUGAUUUUGGAAAGAUUUGAUCCUGAAUCCAAGAAAAAAAAUGAACUUGAAUCCACUCCAGUCGGCCCCCAGCUGACUCCCAGACCAGGACAAGAGCUCCGUCAGCGCAUUGUCACUCCAAAGAGCUCACCAAUGGUGCAGAAUCCUGGAAGCGCCUCUGCUACCCGCCCUCCUCUCGCCCCUGGGCCCAGCCAUCCUGGUCGAGCUGCCCAUUCUGCUCCAGGUGGACCCCCAGAGAGGGGCCUGUCAGCAGUAGCUGCUCAGCAGAGCUUGAUGAGGAGGCCCAUGACCCCGGGAACACCUGUUCCAGGAGUCGGGAUGCACCCCCCUGGCCCACCCAUGGCGAGACCUAUUCUCCCAAGGGAAAGGGGAGCUGUCGACAGAGUCAUCGAGUAUCUUGUUGGAGACGGUCCUCAGAACAGAUAUGCUCUCAUAUGCCAGCAGUGUCUCUCCCAUAACGGCAUGGCAUUAAAAGAAGAAUUUGAAUACAUCGCCUUCCGGUGUGCAUAUUGUUACUUCUUGAACCCUGCAAGAAAGACCAGACCUCAGGCUCCCAGACUCCCUGAGAUUCCUGCUGAGCUGAAGAUGCCAGUAGCGGAGGCACCCUCAACAUCUGCUGCUGCUGCUGAUGAAGAAGACCAGCUUGCUUCAGGAAACCCCAAGAUCGCUGACGUCCCUCUUGGAAAUGACGCCCAGGAGCCCGGCACAGUCGCCACCACCGAGGCCGGUUCUGCAUCAGACAGCCAAAACACCCCAGAGCCACAUGACCCGCCUUCUGAGAAAUCCGAUGAUGAGCACGAUACUUCUGCUAUGGAAGUGGAAUAAAAGGGUGGCGAUUUCAGCUCAUUAGGAUGGAACGGGUUUUUUUUGAGGGAAUGAAAUAAGUCAGAAUAAAGUAAAUACUCUUAGUUACAAAUAAAAUGCAAUUAUAAUCCAGCUCUUAAUGUGGUUUUCAAGCUGCUUGAACUCCUUUGUGCUAAAAACAGCUUUUAAACUUGUGGCAGAAGUAUUGAAGUGUCUCUCUACAUAAAAUAACAGAGCAAAGGAUUAUACCAGAUGUUCUUUUCCAGGUUGUAUUUUAUGUUUUCAGUCAUUUUCUUCUUUUAUUUGUGUUGGACUGAACCUUUUUUUUUUUUUUGGCGUUUUUGUUUUGGUAAGAAGGAAAUAGAACAAAUAGAGCAUGAGGUAUUUUGUGAGAAAAGUGUUAUUUAUGCUAUAUUUAUAGGCAAUUUUCUUUAAUGUCGCACUUGUUGUUUACAGUGCUUACUGGGGUACGUUGCAGCCUGUAGGACGUAAGAUGUUUACACUUGUAUGGUACUGUUGACCCAAUGCACACGCAGAACAGUAUGUAAUUAUCACUGAAAGCUGGUUUGUUAGAACUGCACUCUUCUCAAAGUGCCUUUUUAUAUGUUGUGUAUGUUUUUGUAUGUCUUGUCAAUAAAAUGAAACAUUUUUAAUAGACAAUGUAACCUACCUGUUUUUAUUUGAGACGCUAUCUGCUGCUCGGUUGUAUAAAUUCAUGUGCUGUAGAAAUGAUACAAAAUAAACAUUUGAGGAAAACCUGCUUAAA